GGUCCUGCGCAUGCGUCACUGCCUCCGGAAACGUCCCGCCUACCAACAUCGUGAUCACUACUAUUGGCUGCUUUACGGGAAGGCCCGCCCCCUUGAAGGAAAAGCCAUUCAGCUUCUAAAUAAUAAAAAGGCCACAACUAAUCUGACGUCAUUCAGAGACCAAUCAGAAGCUGCGGUCUUCAUCUUGGUCCAAUGGGAUCGCGCUCGGGCCCAGGCCCGCCGAGUUUGACUUUAAUGUUCUCGGACGCGGAAGUGGCGAGAAGCCGCUGCUUAGUUGCUUCCUUGACGGAGCUUUAUCGUCCGAACGCGGGCUCCAGCGAAGGCUCUACCCGCUCGGCCUCCCUCCCUGCCUGCCGACCUCCACCGCCCAGCCUCCUUGUCUGCUCGCAUUGCCCAGGUCCUGUAACCGGAGCGCCGUGGACCUGCAUCAACGCUUUCUGGAGUAUUCAGAGGAACUUCUAACGCCCUCGGCCCCACGUCCCCGGCGCUGCUGAGGCUCGAACUCCGGGAAGGCACCGAGAAAUUGAUGAUGUUACCUUGAAUUUGCUCAUCAAUGUCUCUCAUAUUGAACGUCUUAAGAGAGAUUCUGGCAUAUUUUGGUGUUCCCAUAGACCAGGUUUUGCUGAUUUGGGAGAAUAAAUACUAUGGAUCCACUCGGAGUAUUGUUCGUAUUAUUGGGAAAAUACUUCCUUUAGAACCUUGCCAGAGACCUAAUUUUGAGUUGAUCCCACCCUUGAACUUUGUGGAAUCUAAUAAUUGUGGAUCUGUGGUUCCAUCUUUUGCUGAUAUUUUGUGUGUGGAAAAUGAUGAAGAAGCUGGUUACCUCAGAUAUGGAGAAAGCACAUGGAAAAAGGAUGAGGAAGAAUUUGAAUUUUUUCCUCCUUUGCAACCAGCUCGGGCUCCCCUGUCCCCUGCUGCUAGGCUGAACAUGCGAGUGGAAAAAGAUGCACCUGUAAGCAAAGCUGCGAUCGAGAAGCUGGCUGCCCUCGAAGAUGAGCUCACUUUCCUUCGCUCUCAGAUUGCUGCGAUUGUAGCUAUGAAGGAACUGAGUAGUGACAGCAACUCUGGUUCCUGUGGCUUGGGUGGUGUAGAAAGGACACCAUUAUCAGCUCAGCUGAGGGCUGAACCAGAUCCAUUUCCACGAUCAGUGGUUCCUCCUUCGCCACCACCACUUCCUUCUCCCCAACCUCUACGUAUCCCCCCCAUGCAACCCGGAACCACCGAUGUUGGUGACUCAGAUAUUCCAGUAACUGAAAUGAAAAGGCAGCACUCAAGUAUGAGGAAGAACAUUUAUAAUCAUUCCCCAAACCAGAGAAAUGCUGAUGUUCCAAACAUGUUGGAUGUUUUAAAGGACAUGGAUAAAGUGAAGCUUCGUGCUGUCGAACGGUCACCAGGUGGUAGGCCCAUUCAUAAGAAGCAAAGACAGAGUUCCCAGUGGGACCCAGUGUCUUUAAUAUCUCAUGCGCUGAAGCAGAAGUUUGCAUUUCAACAAGAUGAUUCCUUUGACCAAGGAGAUAGAUCUUGGGAAGCUUCUCCAUUUUCUAGUCCAGAAACAUCAAGGUUUGGACAGUGAUCUAAAGGAAGAAUAGAAGAGCAAGCACCGGAGCCAGAGCCAGGGGAUCAGCCCUUGGAGGCAAGGUGGAGCAAUGUGCCAUGUGUCUUCCACUGCCUUUCUGAGGCGCGUGUCCUCUGUUAGUGAGGCCUGAGGAGAACUCUGGGAAUCUGGGUUUCUGGAGUUGGGCUAGGAAGAUCCAGAGUUAACUGGCCACGGAAGAGUUAGAUCUAUAGAUUUUUUUUCCUUCUGUGUAUUAAUAUUAUUGAUAGUAGACUAUAUACCUCAGUAUUUUAAACCCACUGUGACUUCAUAAUUUAAGUGCCUUUGACUCUUUCAAAAGUUGUCAGCAAUCUGCUUUUCUUGGCUUGGAGAUUGUCAAAGAAGAUGCAGUUGUUAUUUAUUUUUUUCAUUAAGAUUGUACUCAUUUUAUAGUUUUGAGCUUCUUCCUGACAUAAUUCUUAGAAAUACAUUCUGACCAUUACAAAAUAGAAGUAGAAUUUUCAUGAUUAAGUUUUGCCCACACUUGCUAUGUAAAUAUGUAUUCCUGACCUUUGUUUCCUGUGAUCCUUACUAUGUUUAUACUAUGUUCCUUUGUAACUAAAGCAUACAAUAAACUUGUCAUUUGAGCUUCCUC